CUUCCACUAUAUGCACGCGACCCCGUCGCCUGGAUGCGCCUGCAAUGGCUGACGCCCAGAAAAAUGACAAGCCAUCAUCGAAUGCCGGCCAAUCGUGUCGGGAGUGCAGACGUCGCAAAGGAAAGUGUGAUGGAAAAAUGCCAGUAUGCUCUGUCUGCCAGAGAUACAAUCGACACUGUCUGUACGAUAAACACAGUAGGUCAUCGCUGACAAGAAAACACCUCACUGAAGUGGAAGAACGACUAGAGAAGGCUGAAGCCUUGUUGAGGACAUUUUUCACCGAUGCUGAAUUAUCGCAAAUGCUUGCUCAUGGGGUCUCCAACGGAACCAAUCUUGCGCCAUCACGGCCCAUCAACCAGGUGACGGCCUCGAAUGAUGAUAUACUCACGAGAUCGAGGAGCCACCCCGGUGAAGACACGAUUGCCUUACAACGACAAGAAUCCUUCUCCAUGCGGAGUGCUGAUCCGGACCAGAAAUUCGAUGUUCAACAGCUUGAAUCAUCCAGAAGCCCCGCCGAAGAGAGCAGCGCGCCUUUUGAAAAUCUUCCAGCCGCGGACGAUGACUUCGAAUGGGACGAAAGGGAUCCCUCUUGGAAUUUCGGGGAUGUGGCAGGCGGCACUUCCACCUCUGAGAAUGACGCGGACGCCGACAUGCCCAAGAUAACGGAUGGUAUGGCGACACUUACAACCGAUGAUUCUCACACUGGAUUCUAUGGUUCGGUCUCUGGAGCUGCACUUCUCCGCCUCAUCUGGAUGGGAAAUACUGCGGAAAGAUCAGAGGACAAAGGCGCAGUGAGGAUCGAGCGCAGACAGACCAUGGAACAGCUCUUCAAGGAUAGCCCCGAUGAAGACCGUUUACCUUCUUCAUGGCUUCAGACCCAGCCGCUGAUAACACGGGCAGUGGUUGAUAGCAUGGUCGACGCCUACUUCGCGCUCUAUCAUCCGACCUUUCCCAUCCUUCAUCAACCGUCCUUCCGCCAGGAGUACCUGAAAUUGAACAGUCGUCCUGGGGGUAGCACCUUCCAUAUCGUUGUGAACCUUGUCGCCACAUUGGGCGCCUUUGUAUCGAGUAGCGGCACUGAUGACACCCAUGCCACCCUAUUCAACGCUGUCAAAGCAAACCUCACCAUUGGUUCGCUGGAAACGGGAAGUCUGAGUCUCGUCCAAGCCUUCGCUAUGGCUGCAACCUAUCUACAAAAGAGAAACAGACCGAAUAGCGGAUAUAACUACGGAGGCAUUGCUUUGCGGAUGGCUACUUCGUUAGGACUACACAAGGAAUUUCACGGUUGGCAGGCGACGCCUUUCAAAAAGGAAGUGCGGCGGAGAGUAUGGUGGUCGCUCUGUGUUCUGGACGUUGGGGCAACGGUGACAUAUGGGCGUCCAUUGAAUUGGCCCCUGGUAGGCGUCGAGACCGCCUUCCCACUCAAUAUACACGAAAAGGACCUUGAACCCACCUCGACGUCCUUCCCGCCAGAGUUGAACGAGACCACACUUUACACCUACAUCAGCACUCAAUCACAGUAUCAUCUCCGCACCAUUCGAAUCUAUAAUCGACUCAUCUCUAGCCCGCUCCCCUCAGCAGCCGAGCUCAUUGCACUCGAUGACGAACUUGUGGGAAGCUGGCUUGCCAAUCUCCCAGAGCAUUACAACGACAGAGACUUGCCCCUGGGCAACGAAUACCUGCUUGGCCAUUCAAUCAGUCGUUGGCGUUUUCGACUCCUGCGAAUCAUAAUGUACCGACCAUUUCUGAUCCGAUGGACGCAAGACGGGCUUGCGACAGAAAACAUGUCUGCUUCACCACCAAUGUCAGCACCGACUCCCGAAAGGAUCGCCACCACACGCUGUUUCAGAGCUGCGGACGAAUGCAUUUCCUGCAUCUUCCAAUUUUGGUCGACCGGAACUCAUACUAGGCUGGCAGCUUGGUAUGUACUAUACUUCCUCCUUCAAGCCGCCCUGAUCCCGAUUCAUUGUCUUCGACGAAACCCUAUGCAUACCGAUGCACCGUCGUGGCGCAAGCAAGUAUUUACAGCGUUGAAUGUGAUCAACGCCAUGACGAACCUCAAUUCCAGCGCCACGAAAUGCAGGGAUAUCAUUCACAGACUAUGCGGGGAUACUCUGAUGGCACAACCGCCCUCAUCGCAGCCACAACCGCACCCCAGGCAAGACAGUUGGGCCAGUUAUCCAAACGAGAGAACCUUUGCGCACGGGUUUCCUCUGUCUGCGGCCGAGUCCAGUGAUGCCGGCAUCAAUCCAUGGCUCACGGAGAUCGACACCGCCAUCGACGGGUACGACAUUUACAUCAAUCGUUUGAGCAAUGCCGCAAUGGCCGGAAUGGGCAAUCUCGAUCCUCCCCUUGGCGGUGAUGCCGGAAUGUUCAGUACCAAUGGCACCGAGGUUGGGACGGGCGUACAGGAUUGGGACUGGAACUUGAUGUUGACUUGAUGCCGAGAUGGGAACCGAGCUGUAAGUGGUAAGGGUUGUUGAGAGUCGCUUUAAUGCUUGACGAAGGCGGCCAAAUAUCGAUUCUUGCCAGGCCAACCAUGCCCUACAAUUUUCCUGCGAUAGCUCUUUGUCAUACGGCUUCCAUCAAGGCAUUGUUUCUUGCCAGCAUGCGGAAACUAUGUUCAACUUCCGACUGGAUCACGCUGCGGCAUCGCGCGCAUGAGUCGGAUCGGGCAUCUUGUACCUCGGAAGAUGUUCUCCGGGCUGGGCGGGAAGAUACGACGCGCGACGUUCUAGGCACAGGCACGAGGAGAAAGGAAGACGCUCUGCCUUAGACGGCGAGCCUCGACAGAUGGGAUGAUAUGCUAGCCAUACGGGACGGCGGUGAUGAUUAGUACCUUAUGCAUGCCGUAAUUUGGCACGAAGGUCACGGAAGACGAGCAAAUAUCUUGCUUAUUGGAGCCCCUGGAUAUCGUGUCUCUCGUUGUUCUUGUCUCGCGAGGGGGCGAUUGAUGGACUGGGACUCCAGGCUGCAUACUAUCCUGGCUGCCUACCUAGCGAGCUAGGGUACCUACGGAGUACUCCCAUGAUGCUCCGCAUAAUCGGGACAGAUACCCGCUUGCCGGUCAGGAGAUAUACCUAGGUAUGAAAAACGAGCCUCAUGUGCAAUCGAUGUUGGUGCCGGAGAGAAAAAGACGUCACGACGAUGCUGUACCGUACCACGACGCUUAACGAUGUUCGUUCUCGUAUGUAGUGGCAACAACUGACCUGGACACUCCAGGACCAGCCACCCAAAACGAUUUCUGGUUGGCGCCUAAAAUUGGAACUGUCACGGCUGUCUAACGGAUAGACGGACCGGGGAUCAUGUCACCAUGCAUGACACACUGUGUCGGUAGAAGCACACUAACGGAUACAGUUCCUUUGCCACCGUCACUGCAUGAGAAUGCUGCAGGCC